AUGUACCGAUGUGUGCAGCCGGGGAUGAAAAGAAACAGUCGAGGGGAUGGAGACCACAUUAAAAAGAGAUCUUCUGGUGCUCACGCUCAUGAAUCUUUGCGAUGCAAGCAUUCAAGUUUGACCCACACGGGGACUAUCAGAGCUGUACUUGAGAUUCUGGCCACAAAACGAGAACCUGACUCGCUCCGAGACCUUGAAAAGCAGAGAAAGCUAGAGGACAAGACCAACUGA